AUGGAAGAUGCGCUUAGUGUUGAGUUAAUCGUAAUUUUUAUUUAGCAAGUCUGCUCUGGAAAUGAACAAAUUGCUACAUUAAAAACGCUUGAAGUUGCAUUUACUCAUAUUAGUCGCUUAGACAAUCUACAUUACUGCUACAAUCUUCAAGAAUUAUCUCUGAUCGAAACUGGCCAAUUAGUUACAUUAUCAGGUGUAGAAAGAGUUGCUCAUUCUCUAGAAAUCCUUCGUAUAAUAGGUUGCGAACUUCCAGCAAUAGAGCCUUUUAUAAACGAACUACAUCAGCUCAGAGAACUGAUUUUGAUUCGAAAUAGCAUCACAAAAAUUGAAAAUUUAGAAGGAUGCCCGCUCUUAACAAAGCUUUGGCUUUUUGGCAACCAAAUCACCAAAAUUGAAAACUUAGUAAGCAUAAUCAAAAUAUGGCAUCACUCAAAUAUUCUGUUAUUCCGAACAGAAAUUCUCCCUUUGGCCAACUUUGAUUAAGAGGUUUUGCUUCACUCAGCGAAUUUAUUCCGCAAUAAUGCUGCAUAAUGUAAGGGUGCGUAACCUUGAACACCAUCCCUUAGGGAUUUCCAAUUUUCGGGAAGCAUGCCAUCAACCCCAGGCGGUGGAGACUGGAUCCUUUAGCGUGUCUGACGGACGCAAGCUAGUUAGCCUAAGAGCUGGCAACAGCUAUCGAAAUCAGAACUCACAAAGCCGAGGGACAAUUCAGAUCAAGGCCAGGUGGUAGACAGCGCUUGGUUGGUGGGGAACCCGAAGCAGGGCGGAAGCCUAUCCAGGUAAUAUGGCAUUGAAAGUUAAACGAGACGUAAUCUAUAACUAUUAAGUGUUAGACGUUAACUGAAAACUUAGAAAGCAAUUCCUAUAUUCGAGAACUAUGGCUUCAAGAAAAUAAAAUAGAAACAGUAGAAGCGCUAAGCACUUUAGUCAAUCUUCAAGAUUUGCAUUUAUCUGAAAACCCAAUCGCUACUUUUAAUGACAUCCGGGAGAUUUCAAAGCUUUCAGUAAUUCGAAACCUCAGCUUUGGAGGAGUUGAUUUUCAAGCUUGCCCUGUAACUGAGCUUGAAGGAUAUACAGAAUUCGUACUAAGCACAAUUUCAUCUCCUUAUCUUCAAAUUUUAGACGGAAAAUGAAUAAGUCAAGAAACUCGAGACUCCGCCAAGAAUGAUUAUAUCCAAGAGGCUUUAAAGCUGCAAGAAAGGUUGAGCUCUAUUGAGCAUGAGCAUAGAACUCUUCUUAUGCAUUUAGAUAGCAAAAAUAGAGAAAACGAGGAGCAAUUAAAAUAUAUUCAGCGGAUGCUUGUAGAUGACCUGCAUGCUUUACGCACUGAAAUUGAAAACGGGAAAUCUAAAAUUUUAAAAGAAAACUCCCGCUUAAAAGCCUUAAGACACAAAAGUGAAGAGACUUUGAAGCAAGAUUUGCAAGUAGUUAAAGGAAAAUACAAUAAAGAGCUAGAUAGAACUUUUAGAGAUCUCCAAGAGCAAGCACAAAAUGAUUCUGAUUUAUAUGAAGAAAGCAUAAAAGCAUUAGAAUUUGAAGAAAAAGUUGCGAUUUCUUUAAUUGAUAUCCUAUAUUCAACGGAAGGUAAAAUUAUUUAUAACGAACUUAACGCAAGUAACCCUGAAUACAAAUUUGUAGAAAAUAUCUGUCAAAUAAAAAACUUUAAAAAUCAUUAUGUAGAGAUCAGGAAAAUUUACCAAAUUGCAGACUCUGUCCCUAGAGAAGCAUCAUUCACUUAUUAUUAUAUAAAAGUGUCAGAAAACGAUUUAAAAGCGAUUUUAAUUGAUAAAAGUUUGACAGAUGGGCUGGAUCUCAGAACUAAUUUGAUGAACUGCUUAAGAGAUGAAAAAGGGAAUUUUUUAAUUUUUGUGGUCAGGACAACAGAAGGAUUGGGCGACGAAGGUGAAUAUAUAACAAUAUAUGAAAACGAUUUAGACAAAAUCAUUUUUGACUAUUUAAUUUUAAUACAGCAAAGCACUUAUUCGGUGUCUGGGAAUUUCAGAGAAAUUACAGAUCAGCGAUUGCUGGCAUUUAUCUCAGAUUCACCGGUAUUUUUUAAUUUAGGAUUUACCAAUAGGGAUGUUUGAGAAUUUAAAAUUAUUAGAAAGAGAAGCUAUUGAGAAAUAUAAUGAACACUUAAGAAGAAUAUGGGGAGAACUUGACCCUGCUUCAAUGGAUAAGUUAAAAGAGCAAGACGAAGAAAUCAAUGGGCUUCUUACAAUGGCAGAUUCAUUGAGGGAACAAAUAGAAAAUGAAAGAAAAGUGCAGGCCCAACUUUUACAAGAUAUGAGAAUUAACAUUAAAGACCAAACCGUGCCACCGUUGAUGGUCCCAUCUGAAAAUAGAAAAAAUAAAUAA